AUGGACCGCAUUCAGCUGUGGACGACGCUCGCACUCGCACCGCUCGCAGCGUACGCCCUUGCGCCCGCCACUGCGCCUCUCGCCGCCGUCCCGCUCAUCGCAGCGACUUUGCUCGCCAUCAAGGCGUUCCUUGCGACCGCCCCGAACCCUUUUCAAGGGCUCCUCGCGCUCCUGCUCCCGCUCCUCUCCCUCACAACCGGCACUUCCCUCUCCCUCGCUCUCUCAAAUUCACCCAGCUCCACCCUCUCCUCCCCAUUGGACACCUUCCUCGCUCUCUCACUCUACGCACUCAUCGCAUCUUUCGCGCCUCUCGUCGCGCUCGCAGCGGGCGAAUUGCUCCUUUCUCUCGCUACGAAACGUCGGCCGGGUGCAGCCAAGUCUCUCACGGCUGUGCUCGUGCCAGCAUGGGUUUUCGCGCUCGCUGGAAUCAUCGAAGAAAGUGCGGGAACGGGACGGAUGGGAUGGUGGGUCCGGCCUGCGCUCGAGGGUGAGGGGAUGGAUUGGGUGAGGAGGGUGGGAGGACAGGUUGCGGUUGAUUUGGGCGUGGGAGCGGCGGGAGUGGCGGGUGCGAUGGUUGUUUGGGAGUGGUUGAGGAGGCGCGAGGAGAGGGAGGGGGAUUUGCUCGGAGAAGGCAACGACGCAGGAGGAACCGACUCGACUUGGCGCAAGUCGGCGCGCAAACCGCUCACCCUCCUCGCCUUCCUUGCGACACUCGUCCUCGUCGGCCCGCUCUUUCCCGCGCCAGCUUACCACCCCUCCCACCCUUCGCCCGCCAAUCCUGCUUACGUCUACCCGCCGCUGAAAAUCGCCUGCGUCGUCCCUACUUCACUCGUCUCCUCUUCACGCCACACAAUACACGCAAAACUCGACGACUGGCUGAAGGAGACCAAGAUCAUAGCGGGAAGGGGAGCGAAGGUGUUGAGUUGGUUCGAGGGGGCUGUCGAGUUGGAGAAAGGCGCGAGGAAGGAAGAGGGAGAGGGGUGGGAAGCGAUGGGCGAGCAGGAGAGGGAGUUGUUGAGCCGUGUUGGGGAGGUCUGCGAUAUGUACAAGGUCCAUGUCCUCGCGACUUACCUCGUCCCCCCGCCGCUCUCGCAGCAUACUUCGAAGCGCCUCAACGUCGCCACCCUCGUCGGCCCUUCCACCGUCGGCACCUCGACGCCGAACCUCGUCUUUUCGACGACGAAGCAACACUCAGUCCCGUUUAUUGAGAGCUACUCACACACGGGACGCUCAGCGCCCUCACUCGGCUGUUUGUCAAAAGCUCUCCCUCUCGCGGCCGUUACACUCCCGCACCCGCCUCACACGCCCGCUCCGCACCUCACGCCUCUCCAGACCGUCUCCAUCUCGGCAGCCAUCUGCCAGGAUAUCUCCUUCCCCUCACUCCUCACGUCGUACGUCUCGCCAUCGACCGUCUCCUCCGACUCGCCCCCGGAGAAACCGCAGCUCAUCCUCAACCCCUCGAACACGCCGUUCUCGCGUCAAGGCAUCUCGCACGCCCAGCUCGCCCAGACUCGCGCACGCGCGAUUGAGACGAACUCGUUCGUCCUCAGGUGCGACUCGCCUGGAAUGGUAGGUGGAUCGGCGUUGUUUGGACCGCAGGGAGACGUGAGGGCGAGGACGGGCGGAGAGGGAGUUGGGAGCUGGGACGCGGAAGUUGGUGUCGAGAGGGCGAGCGGACGGACGCUUUUGACGUGGCUCGGUGGUCAUGGAGGCAGGAGGAUUGGGUCGGAAGGCUUCGUCCUCUUCCUCGUCGCAAGCCUGAUCGUCCUCGUUCGCGUCGUCGAGGGAGGCGAGCUCGUCAGGGGCGUCAAGAGCAUCGACUGGCGUGCGCAGGUCGUCAAGGUGGAGGAUGCAGUGUUGUGGGUCAGGAGGAAGACGGCGGAGAUCACGGCGAGGAGGGGAGAGGAGGGCCUGGGAAGGGAGGGACCGGUUACAGAGGAGCGCUUGGUUGAGGUCGACUGA